CCACCCACCACCACCGUCACCCGACGAAAGCACAAAAAAGACAACAGCAUGCCCUCAGAAGAUACAAAGGAACGUAUUGCAAAAGUUGUCGAAAUAGGCCGUACCGUCCUCCACUACGGAUGGAUACCUCUCAUCAUCUACGUUGGCUUCACGCGGAGUAACCCACAGCCUUCUCUGAUAAAGUUAAUCAGUCCCCUUGCAUAACGAGUCCUGGCCCACCUGUAUUUAUAAAUUAUCUCCUCGUAAUUCAAAAAGACUUUCAUCA